UAACUUUAUUUAAACUGUUUUAUUUUGUCUGAAAGAGAUUUUACAAAAAAAAAGGCGGAUAGUUAAUUUGUGAGCUAACAGUUUAAGUAGAUUUAAACACUUUAAUUAGACUUUUAUUUUAAAUUAUGCACAUUUAGAUGCUGGCUGGUUUUAUUUAAAUAAUCUGAAGAGAUAGGGUGACAUUUUAGAGGUCUCAGCUCUUUGACCUUCAUCAGAAAUAAAUAACUUCCCAAAUUAAUUGCAGAACACACACACACACACACACACACACACAAACACACACACCAACAUCUGAUUAUUAAUUAGUUACUAAUUAGUAGUUACAUCACAGUGUGGUUGAAUUCUGGACUCUGAUUGGUCGGAGCAGCAGCUCUGACAGCGGCGCAGGUUUAUAUUAAUACUCUCAUUCUGAUACAUUAAGAUAAACAUGGUGCAGUUUUCUGUAAGUUAAUAUUUAUGGAAGGAGUCUCCAGUGUCAGUGCUUUGUAUCAGUCAGUUCUUUAAUAAAUAAAAAAAUAAAAAUAAAAAACGGUAAUAGUUGCUGUGGUAUAAGAGGAAUGAAACACUUGUGAAUGUGCUGUUAUUGGAAAAUAAUGAACUUCUGAGUGUUCUACCAAGAUGUCCAUCGUAUCGUUUGAUGAGAAUGAGGAGUCCAAGUUCCUCAGGAAGGCCAAGGAGAACCCGUUCGUCCCAGUUGGGAUGGCCGGAUUCUUUGCCAUCGUGGCGCACAGGCUGUAUAAGAUGAAGCACAGGGGCAGUAUGAAGAUGUCGGUGCACCUGAUCCACAUGCGUGUGGCGGCGCAGGGCUUCGUGGUGGGAGCCAUGACCUUAGGCGUGGUGUACUCCAUGUACAGGGACUUCAUCCUGAAGCCGGCUGAAGCUCAGAGAGCGCUGGAACUGAAAGCUCAGGAUAACAACUGAACAGAGGAGCGUCGCAUACACGAAUUCUACUUUAGUCCUGUUUUAUUUUUAAUUUUGUACCCAGGUGUCCUGUUGAUACCGCACUUUCUUCUUAAGAUGUUACUUGGUUAUUUAUAGUUGAAAAUACAGAGUAUAUCGUAUAUAUUUGAUAAUAUUUAUAUUUCUAAAACCACAGGACACACAGCAGCGUGGAAGAGGGAACAUACUCGCCUUUUUCUUCGGUUCAACCUGACACUAGCUUGAUGCUAACUUCACCAGCAAUGUUUGCUAACAGCGCUGUGUUCGAGAUCAGCUAGUGACCUCACAAAACAGGCUUAAAUAUUAAAUAUGUUCAUUAUCAAAGGUGUGGAGACCUUUACCUGAACCUUCGCCCCUUAAAGAAAAGGGUUCCUGAGAGUGUUUCUCAGAGGGAAACAUUUGGAAAACUGAAAUCUCUCUUUUGUAGGGUUCUACACAGAACCUUUAAGGGUUCCUUCACUAAUAUUAGUGAUGGACAGAAUCGUGGUUGUGGUGAAGUGUUCAAAAUGAGAUCUGUUACCCAGCUUGUCUUGUGAGGUCACAAAAUACAGGCAGAAAUAUGGAAAAAUAUGCAAAUCAUACUGACAUUAAUAGUAAUAAUAUAGUAUAACCACAUUUUAACGUGUGUUGAGUUGGGUAGCUAUGCUAAUGUUUCGUUUUCAGGAAAAAACAAGGUCUCUAAAGUGUUUUUUUUUUUUUUUAAUCUUCCCAGUGUGGUUCUGCUUGGAACCUUCUCUGUUGUAGGGGUCUGCACAGAACCUUCACAAUAAGACCAAACCAACCAAAAAACCUUUAAAUGGUUGUUAUGCUAGCUAAAUGUUAAUAAAACUGGUUACUGUAAUGUAAAUUAAUGGACAUGGAUGUAGCUGUGUGUGUUUAAUUUGCAUAAUCAUGCAUAUUUAAUGAGGAUGAAGUUGGAAAGAUGUCUCAUUUUCCACAUGGGCUAAAAUGUGUGUGUGUGUGUGUUAUUGAGAGAAUUAUUUUUGACCAUUGUGUUUCUAUCCUGUUGGUGUAUUAGAAACUAUAUUGUAAGGAACACACCCUGUACACAUCUUUGCCAAUAAAGUAAGAAUCUGAGUUA